CGACAUUAAUUGACAAUUAGAACGAUUUAUGGCGUGUCAACCUUUAGCGCAUGCGUAUACCGAAUGCAUCAUCGACUGUCUCUCAAAAUAGGGCGGAAUGUGAAUGUUUUUAUAAGAUAAUUUACCAUUGUUUUGCAUAUUAUACAUUAUAAACACAUGCAAGAGUUCAGAAACAUCAAUUAACUAUACAAUGGUAUGAACAGGCAAGUGCGGAGAUGUCCAGAUCGGACGCAAUAAUAACGAAAACUCCGACAACUUUCCGAGUGGAUUGCGUUGGUCAGUGUCCCCAAAUGUCAUUUUUAUGUGUUUUGCAUCGGUUAAAAUCAUCAGAUGUGGAUAAAUCUCAAAUUGCACCAAUCACUAUCAUAUAAUGUCACACAAUAAACAAGAUAUUGUACGACAGCCACCGGUUGCACCCCUCCCUAAGCCCUCGAAGGAUCAUAUUCAACAAAAACAUUGGAGUCAAAGAAUACAGGAAACGGUUGUUUCAGCUCUACCUGAAGGGGAAUUUGGAAUACAUCUCAAAGGUGGAGCAGAUAAUGGACAGUUCUGUUAUAUAUCUGAACUUAAAUUAUCCCAGUUAACUUUCCAUAAUGGGAAAUUAUAUGUUGAUGAUAUUAUUCUUGAAAUUCAAGGACAGAAAAUUGCUGGAUAUACACUGAGAGAUGCAACAAUAUGGUUAAAGCAAGUUGGUCAAAAUGGAGCACCCAUAAUGGUGAAAACUGUAAAAAUUGGGCUUUUACCAAGAGAUUUAAAGCAAUACCUAGCGGCCAGAUUUCAGAAAGGUUCAGUUGACCAUGAUUUACAGCAAACCAUUAGAGAUAACUUGUAUUUGAGAACGGUGCCUUGUACAACACGUAAGCCUCGUCCAAAAGAAAAAAAUGGGGUGGAUUAUACCUUCUUGUCAAUGGAAGAAUUUCAACAUCUGGAAAGAGACGGAAAACUGCUAGAGAGUGGAGUUUAUGGUGGAAAUCAUUAUGGGACACCUAAACCUCCUCAUGAACCCAAAGGGCCACUUUUACGAAGAACUGGAUCUGUUGGUCAAGUGGCAGAUAAGAGAAAGAGAACUAGAAGCAUUGGAGAUCCUGGAUCAGCAAAGUCAUCCCCUGUUCCAUUCCAUGAAGAAAUUUCAAGAAAAAAGUCGCUGGAAAGAGCUCACAGUUCUACAGACUUAGGUCCACUGCCACCAAACUGGGAAAUGGCCUACACUGAUGAUGGCCACCCAUACUUUAUAGAUCAUGAUACAGAAGCCACCCAUUGGUUAGACCCCCGUUUAUCUCAUCUACAGAAACAGACUGCUAUGGAUUGUAAUGAUGACGGGAGUGUUAAUUUAGAAGAACUUCCAUUUGGUUGGGAGAAAGUAGAAGAUCCUCAUUACGGAACAUACUACAUUGAUCAUGUUAAUAGAAGAACACAAUAUGAGAAUCCUGUAGCACAAGCCAAGAGAACUCAAGGAAAUGAUUUGAAUAGUACUCUACCUAGAACAAAGAAAAGUCAAGAUUCAGCCAAACGUUCUACCAGUGAUUCUAAUAUGAUGAACCAUCAUCGAGGAGCACCUCCAGACUACAGUCAGCAUGGAAAAGCUCUGAGGGGACGCAAAGAUCCAAAGAGAGUGUUCACAAAGAUUCCUGAUGAACUUAGAGGUGAAAUAGUCAAUACAUCACUAACUAAAAGUAUACGGGGAUUUGGUUUUACCAUUAUUGGUGGAGAUCAUUCUGAUGAGGAAUUUCUACAGAUUAAGAAAGUUGUAGAAAACGGGCCAGCUUACUUAGAUGGUGUACUUACAACAGGAGACGUGUUGGUUUAUGUGGAUGAUAAGUGUGUGUUAGGAUAUUCUCACCAAGAUAUUGUUAAUUUAUUUCAAACUAUUGAACCUCUUCAGAGAGUUAGCCUUUCAGUGUGUCGUGGUUAUUCAUUACCGUUCGAUCCCGAUGAUCCGAACACGGAAAUAAUAGUGACGGUGGCUGUUUCACUGCCUUCAGGUGACUCACCAUUUGUGCUUGCACCACCAAGUUACGCAUUUCAUCAGGAAAACCACCCUAAUUCAGGUAUGAAUUUUACCUCAGCAAAUAACCCUAAAUCAUUACCUGAUUUAACUAGAUCUGUCAAAUCAAACUCAGACAAUUCUCUACAAGGCAGUGGUGGAGGUGGCAGCAUACGUAAUGAUAACGCACCAGACGUUUUAGAUUCUUCAUCUUCCAAAGUGGAAACAUUGACGAUGUACAUUGUGCGCGGUGAAAUGGGUUUUGGUUUCACAAUUGCUGACAGUGCUUUCGGACAAAGAGUGAAACAGAUUCUGGAUAAACCGCGAUGUAAGGACUUACAAGAGAGUGAUAUUCUACAGGAAAUAAACAGUGUCAAUGUCAAGAACAUGUCUCACUCACAAAUCGUUCAGGUUCUAAAGGAAUGUCCAAAAGGGGUGGAAACUAAGAUAGUCAUACAGAGGGGAGGUGUUCCGCUUAGAAGUAGAAAGCCUUCGAACCAAGGGACAAAGUCAGAAGGAAAUACAUCUGAUACCAGCUUCACUAGCAAUCCAGGUGCUUUCUUUUUUAAUGAAGAUAAACAGACAUCAGGUCAUAAUCGGUUUAUGAAUGGUGGAAUUGACAACAAUAAAGAAAAUCACGACAUGAUCGAUGGAUCAAAGCCAGCAAUACCAAGUAGACCAAAAACUCCAAACCAAUCAGAUUCUAGACCAAAAACACCAAUAGACAGACCUAAAACACCAACACGGACAUUAAUUGAAGAUCAUGGGAAACCACCUUUAGGCAAUAGACACAUGGAAAUGUUUAGUACUCACAAUGAUUUAAGGAGAGAUAAUGAUGAAAUACGUGAUUUAGGGAGUCAGGGUCAGGACUUAAAUCAGUCACGGUCAUCAUCAGAAUUUUAUGACAUUAAUACCAGGCCCCCUCCUGGUCCUAGACACGACCAGUAUCGUAAUGAACAACGAACAUUUAGACCCGAUACCUUUUCUCGGAGUAAUAGUGCUGCACAAUUUAAUUCUCAUGAUAGGGAGAGGGAAGUGACUAAGCCAGGAAUGUUCAGGAGUAGAACCCCUGGUCCAGAUAUGUUACAUCGAGGUCAUGGGCCUGAUUACAGAGGAGAUCAUCAAAGACCUAAGACUCCAACAGCUCAGGACAUGAGGAGUAAAACACCUUUACCUGGAAAUUCUUAUAAUUAUAGUGAUAGGGGAGGAUAUCAAAACAAUACAUUUGGUAUGAAUGGACCUUCACGACAAGGGUUUGGACAACAGAGACAGUGGGGUUUCAAUAACUACCCUGGAUCCCCUCCUACAGUAAGGAGGGGUGGGGAUGAUUAUCAGGAUCCUUAUAAAAAUAAUUUUAGUACUUUUUCACAAAAGGGUGCUGGACAUCCGUCUCGUCAAAGCACGUCGUUUGAGGAUGUCAAUCCUGCGCCUAGUAACUUAACUCGUGUUCCAAAACGUUUACCACUUCAGUCAAAUUCCUCAUUCAAUAGUCAGUAUUCAAGUUCCCCACGGUUACCUCCACGUAUGAGUAAUCGUGAGGAAGCAGUGCGGGUGGCAGAAUAUUCUGUCACAUUAAGUAGACAGGACAGUGGAUUUGGUUUUAGAAUUAUAGGAGGAACAGAAGAAGGCUCACAGGUGUCUGUCGGCCAUAUUGUCCCUGGAGGUGCUGCUGAUUUAGACACCCGUAUUAGAACAGGUGAUGAAAUCACUCAUGUAGAUGGCAUUUCAGUACUCAAUUCAACACAUCAGAGGGUUGUCCUGCUAAUGACGAAUGCUGGGACUACAGGACGAGUAACACUGGGUCUAAGGCGCAGAAUUUUAGUCUCUGGAGAAACAUCAUACAAUGGAAUGAGUGAGGUUUACGACAUCACCGUGAACCGACGAGAGACGGAAGGGUUUGGUUUUGUCAUCAUCUCCUCUGUAACCAAAUCUGGGUCGGUUAUAGGUGAGUUCAUCGACGGUGUUAGUGAUUGGUUAGAUAGGAUAAAUCUCUAUCCUUGGAUUGGUCGAAUUUUAGAAAACAGUCCUGCAGAAAGGUGUGGGAGGCUUCAUGUGGGGGACAGGAUACUGGCUGUUAAUGGAGUUGAUAUCUCAUGUAUGCACCAUGAAGAAAUUGUUAACCUGAUUAAGGAAGCUGGAUAUUCUGUAACACUGACUAUUGGAAUUCCCCAGGAUGAUGCUUCAAGUACUACAUCAAAUUCUCAAAAGGGUUCUCAGGGCUCAAUGGUAAAUGCAAUGGCUUAUCCCACAUCUAAUGAUACUGAUAUGAGAAGGUAUCCACCCCCGCCAUUACCAGGGGACAGAAUGAAGGAAAUAAAUAGACAGCGUAGUAUGUCUAAUCAUCAGCCUUCAGAUGAGGAGGAAUAUUUAGUUGUUGAACUACAGAGAGGCUCCAGAGGGUUUGGUUUCUCAAUACGUGGAGGAACAGAAUUUAAUAGUAUGCCUCUGUUUGUAUUACGGAUAGCGGAAGAUGGCUCUGCUGAUAUGGAUGGCAGACUUAGGGUGGGAGAUCAGAUUUUAGAAAUAAACGGGUUUAGAACAGACAAUAUGAGUCAUUCUGAUGCUAUUGAUGUUAUACAAAAUGGAGGAACAAAUGUUAGGUUACUUAUUAAACGAACAGGAAAACUGCCUCCAAGUUUUGAAAAUAAUCCUGUCAGCAAUCGUUAUGGACCUUCAGUGACAGCACCAAUGUCAAAUGGACCAAUAGGUCAAAGUUCACCUUAUCUAGGUCGCAGGACUUUUGACCCUCGUGAUGAACAGCAAUUCUACAAUUAUAAUAAUCGACAGUAUAAUUAUUAAUACUCUGGGUCAGUACGGGGACAUUAACAAUCUGUGAUAAAUCAUGUUUGCAUCAUUUGAUUCAGUCAUGUGACAUUUUGUACACAAAUCAUGUGAUUUAGUCAUUAAAUGUAUAUUGUCUUCACAAAUAAUGCAUCAUUUUACAAGGUUAAGUGAUAAACUAAAACAGGAUCACAUGAUUUUGUCAUGAUAUUACAAUGUUUUGUUUGUUGAUUUAUCAAACAUGUUAUAGUAUUUUUAAUCAUUUAAAUGGCUGUUAUUUUUUAACUAGUCUUGUUUGGAAUUUGGUUGUAAUUUUUAAAUCUAGUUCAUUUACAACUAGCUUAAGGCAUUUGUGGGGGGAGUAUAGUGUUAGGGUUUUAAAUGAAACUGUUAGUGCUAUUUUUAUGCAAAUGACUAUGCAAUUUGUGAUUAUUAUUUUGUAUUAGAUUUGCUUGAGGUUGUGUUUUACGAAAAAUUAUAAGGUUGUCAAAUAUUGUGGUUACAUCAAAUUUUUACAGAAUAUUUUAAUAAAUUUUAUUUUGACACUCUUCUGUGACUGACUUAAAAAUUAAUUUGAAAAAUAAUUAAAAAAAACAGCAUAUACUGCAUAAUACGAAAAUGCAUUCAAAUUGUGAAAUUUGUCAUUUCUCUUAGUGUGCCAUUUAACAAUAGCAUUCCAGAUUUUGACCUGUUGUUUCUUUAUUAUUCAUUAUUUUUCUUUGUUAAUAACUUAGUUCUUAGUCAAUAACAGUCAUUGUUUAGAUUCUUGUUCUCCAAUACACAAUUGCUCUUCCCUGUAAUUGUGAUAUAUAGUUAAUAGUUAUAAUCAAAACUUGUUUAUUUACCAUUUUGCAUUUACAAAUUUUAUUUUUUCAUUGUAAAGUUUCAUAUAUAUGCAUAUUUAUAAUGCAAAUCUAUGCAUGAAAAAAACAUAUCUAUUAUUAUUAUUCUUAAAACAAAUGUUUAUUUAUAUAUAUUUGUUUUUUAUUUACUGUAAUAGUUGUAUGAGGUUUAGGAUUUACUAAUGUGAACAGGGGAGUUAAUAAUUUAUAAAAAAAAAUAUCUGUACUAAAAUAUAUUUCAUAAAUUCAUUCAAGUAAUUAAACUGAAUAUCCAGAAAUAAUUAUGUAGCAGACUUUAUACAAGGAAGUAUAAAUUAUCUUUAUAAGAAUGUUGGAUUUUCAGUAGAACUGAGUUAUAUUAAUUUAAACUUACAUGAUACACAGGGAUAUCAAUCUGCUAAUGGUGGACAAUAGAAGUAUUUACUUCAGAGAACUUGUUUCAUUAGAUACGAUUUUUGUCCCUGGAUGUGUCCUGUCGGUUUAUAUGUAUCAGUCAGAUUAACAGUGUAAAGCAGUUAUACUAUAUAUGUUAAGUUAGCAAAAAAUUAUGGUUUUGAAUAAUAUAUAAGGGAGGUACAGUGCUAUUCCACAAUUAAACACAUGGGAGAAACUUUUUAAAAAUCCAGACCACUUAUAAAAUUUUACUUAUUUCUUUUACCAAAUUCUGAGGAAUUUACUGUGGAUUCAUUUAUUUUUGGAGGUACAAAUGUUCGUUGAUUUUCGUUGAAUAAGGACAAAUUGUAUGUUUUGGAAUAUUAAAUUUCAGGGCUUUACCAAGUUUUCAUACAUGCUUAUAGAAAAAUUCAAAUUUAAAGAAAGUCCAGGAAAAUUAGAAUCCCACAAAUAAACAUGUACCCACAGUACAUAGAAUGCAUGGACAUUUUACACACUGUUGUUCAAUCUUAUGACAUUAAACGGAUUUUUUUAUUUUUUAAAUCUCUGGAUUUAGGGGCGACAUCAAAAGAUCGA